CUAAGGUCACCUUUGAAUCUCGAUCUUCCGGAGAAUAAAAACACAAAGGAGAUCAAGUAACGCCCGGUGACGUCACACUCAGAGAUGGCGGUCAGGUUCCUGGGGCUGGGCCUUUUGAUCUUCGUGACAUCAUGCUCAGGCCGUAGGGUUUGCGAUUCCCAGCAGUCCUGUGAUGCCGAACAAUGUGACAAGAAUCUGGACAUAGCCAUCGUAGGCGCCGGUCCCUCAGGCGCCUACUCAGCUUACAAAAUGCGCUACUCUGGAAAAGACGUGGGUGUGUUCGAGUACUCUGACCGGGUGGGAGGUCGCCUGUACACAUACCAGCUGCCCAACACACCCGACGUGAACCUGGAGAUCGGUGGCAUGAGAUACAUCACAGGGGCUCACAAUAUUCUCCAGGCGCUCACCAAAGAGCUGGGCCUCGAGUCUGUCCCGUUCACCGAGGGCUUCGGACGCCCAGGCAGGACCCGCUUCUUCCUCCGUGGUCAGUCCUUGACCUACGAUGAGGUAAAGUUCGGUGAUGUCCCCUACAACCUGACCACUGUCGAGAAGCGGAACCAGGGAAGGAUCUACGAGAGAGUCGGCGAUAACAUUCUGACAGUAAAAAACGGCAUGCAGAAAGUGCCAAAGGAGCUCAUCAAGAAAUUCAGAAAGACUAGCACAUUAAACCAGGUGCAGCUGAACAUGGGUCUCCAAGCCCUCAGGUCGAAAUCGGACAACUCGUUUGUGUUGUAUUUCCGUCCUACUGAAACAAUAGAAGGGAAAACAACAGUCCUGGAAUAUGUAAGUGUGUGUGUGUGUGGCGUAGAUCGCUCAGCGAUCCCCGAACCCAAGACCGCCGUGUCCCAGUUCUGGACCGACUACCCGUUCGGCUCUGGCUGGAUCACCUGGAGAGCAGGCUACCAUUUCGAUGACGUUAUGAACACCAUGCGUCGUCCGUCACUAAAAGAUGAGGUGUACGUGGUGGGUGCCGACUACGCCUGGGGCCUCAUGUCUUCCUGGAUAGAGGGCUCCCUGGAGACAACAGACGCUGUGCUAAAAGAGUACUUCAAGGCGGAAUGUAGAGACUUUCCCAAUAAUAAUCAUUUGGGCAGUCACAUGGCUUGAUAGAUCUGUAGAUCUACGGAAAGGGGUGUCAAACUCAUUGCUCAGUGUGGCUAAACUCAGAUUAUGUAAUAAUAUACAGUUGAUGGCCAAAUUGGCUACAACAUACUCACUGAUUAGUGGAGAAACGUCUUUUAACAAACAUUUUUUUUCUAUUGCUUUAUUUGGGUUUUUAUAAAACUGAUAUACAAUGGUACGAAUUAAAAAGACAAUUUAAAAAAAAAAGCAAGUCAAGGCUUAUCAAUGUUCCCCCUGUCACUGACUUUCAGGCCUGAUUGUUUGAAAUAUUUUCUUGUCAACAAGCAGUAUAAUGUUUAGAAGAAGGCUUUUUGUUAUGGAGGUUCUCAUGAUGGACUCCCAAAAAUUCCUUUGCGGGUUAGAUUUCUAUGAAAGGUCUUUUUGUUGCGGCCAACAGGCCUUGAGUUUGAUACUUGUGGUCUACGUGUUGUUGAAUCUUUGGCUGACAGACUGAUCUUUAAACCACAAUAAUGGAUCAUUGGCUGACCAAAGAACUACAGGCGUGGAUAAAUCUGAUAAGGUUGUCAUUUGUGAGAGUAAAAAACAAGACUUAAAAGAGGCGAAAGAAAUGAAGUAUAGGAGCAACCCGUGGCACCAUCCAAUAAGCCACUAGAUGAAAAGAUGUGAAAGUAUACUUUAUCAAACACCUGUAGGAAAAUAUUGAAGGUGUUUUCAUUGCCUCCUGCAACCCAAGAAUAAUUAUACAACAUUAUGCUAGCAAAUAUUAAAUCUUACAAGACGUAUAUCUGCGACUUCGUCUUUGAAAAGAAAUUGUUAUCCCCAGACAGUUCAAAUUUUAUGCGAACAUUCUUUAUUUCACAUUGCCAAAUUUCAGAUAUUUUUAACUUCUUAUCUUUUCUUAUUAAAUUAUUUCCCCUGUUCAUCCUUUCCCUCUUUGGCCGAAAUUGUGCUUGUGAUUAAAAUUGAAAUAUUUGAGAA